CACACAACCGUCGAUAUAUACCUUGACUCAUCUUUCAUAAUAAUAGCUACCGUGUGUGUAUAUAUGUAAAAACCGGAGAGCACCUCGAACUACACUCAGACAUUGUCACACUGUACACAGCACAGCACACAACACUCUGACCCCCAACUUGACAAGACCCUCAAGAUGAGUCUUGAGCGGAAGUACGUUGAGGUGAAGACACCAAGACUACUCAUCAGGCCGCUUCAGCCCUACGAUGCUCCCAGUAUCUUCACCAUGCGUAGUGAUCCAGAAGUAGUGAAGUACACGUCACAUUCGCCCGACAAAGACGUUGAAACUACCAUGAAAGCUAUGCAGGAAUGGCAAGAGGCCGGUCGUUACAAUUUUGUUGUAGAGCUCCUAACCCAGGACGACAAGGAAUCCGGGAUCAAAACAGAUCAUCCAGUGGCGAAGCGCAAGUUUGUUGGAGUCAUAGGAAUAGUACGUAGUCCAGAGAUUGGAUACUGCUUUUCACGGGAAUUCUGGCGGAAAGGUUAUGCAACUGAGGCUAUGCAGGCUUUUCUCGGACUUGCUUGGGAUCAUCUCAGCCAGUCUGGAGGCUUUGGUUACGUAACUGCGCAAGUUGAUACCGAGAACAUUGGUAGUAAUCGGCUGCUCGAGAAGGUAGGCUUCAAGAAACAAAAGACAACCGUUGCCGACUACGAAAGUCCAGUACUUGGUAGUGUUCGAGACAGUUUUCUUUGGCAACUUGAUAAGCCGCUUUCUUCAUAGAUUCAAGGACGGAAACGUUGUUUCCACAUGUGUAGGUCCAAUUCAUGUUUAAUGCGCGCGAGGGCGACGCAGCGAGC